GUUUCAGUGAAUGGAGAGACAACGUUCAUAUAAUGGAAGAAGAAACGCAAAUGAAAACCCCAAAAAAACUUCACAAUAUACACUCCAGCGCUCUUCAUCUCUGCCGCCGCUCGCUAGAGCUCCUCCGCCUCCGCCUCCAAAUGAACUCAAACUAGCCGCAAUGGCCGUCGAUUUGAACGUACGGCUGAGAUCCGCCGACAUGCCUCUCGCGAUGCAAGAGCGAGCUAUAAGGAGAGCUAGAGCUCUACUCGACGACAACCCAGAUAAUGCCAAGCGACCCACUCCCAAUCCUACGCGUCUCGCUAUGUGCCUUAAGAAGGAAUUCGAUGCGCUGUACGGACCGGCGUGGCAUUGCAUCGUUGGGAAGAGUUUUGGGUCGUUUGUGACGCACGCCGGUGGAGGGUUUUUGUACUUCUCGGUGGACAAGUUUUGUUUUCUUCUCUUCAAGACGGAGGUUCGUCCGCUUGUUAAACCUCCUUCCUUGCUUAGAUUGAAAAUUAAUAAUUAAAAUGCCUAAUGUUGUGGGUAGACAUAGAAAUUUCAAUCUGUUCUUCCAAUUUAAUCUUUGUUUUUGAUCAAAUCAUUUGGGCUUUCACGUAAUUUUAAUGUAAGCAUGGGUUUCUUGGA